UCUCUCGCGCGCUCUAAACCACGGCGCGCGCCUUCGGAGAACUCUGUUGGAUCUGACGCCGUCCCGCCGACUAUCAGUGACAUUAUUAGAAGACAUGCAUUACCAGCACAUGGAGGGACCGUUGCUGCCGGUUGCUGUGCUGGAACAUUGGAGAGGAAUCAUGAUGUGCUGAGUCAACAAGAAAUAGGUCAGGGAUGUUGGAAGAGGUCGGUCAUGUGGUGAAGGAGAAAACAGAGGCACGGACAUCGGAAUGCCACAGGCUGUCUCACUGCUGCCCUUCCUGCUGGCGCUCAUGGGAUAUGCUUUUGCAGGGCUCAAUAUCUGGCCCUCCUUCCAUGUUGCGCUUAGCAACGCCAGUGUAUUUGUGGACUUCAGCACAAAAUCCAACAGCAGCACGAUCCGCAACUCAAGCCUCUCUCUGGUCAACACGGAAACCAACACCACCCUUCAGACCAGGACUCUCCCCUACAACCAAUCGGCCGGUAGGGUGGAGUUCAACUGUUCGUGCUUCCUGUAUUCAGGAACUUUCCGGUUUCUGCUGAGGCAGACCAUCAUCUCAGCUGUUUCUCGUGCUAAUGGCACAGCUGACGACAGUAGCACGGAGAGCACAACCUGGUGGUGGAGUUCAGAACUGCAGGUGCAGUGGCCCACCUUUCACAUCGCCGUGGAGAGGGCCGGAAACCACUCGGGAUCUUUUCAGGUUGGGAUAACCACUAAUGAACACUUCCAGGCAUGCUCCAGCGGCAUUGACUCGGCUCUCUUCCUAGAAGUCAGCUACAUGGAGUACAACCAGAUAGGACGAAUCAGCAUCGACAAGGUUCAAGCCCGCACACGACUCCCAAUCAAACCCCUCCGCUCCCAGAGUGUUGAGCUGUCCUGCGCCUUCCCCUUCACAGAAAGAGACUUCAUACGAGUGGCUCUACGGUCUCCUCACGCAGCACAGGAUGUGAAAAGCUCUGGACCUCUCUACCUGUCCCGUAUCUUCUCCUAUAAGCUGCUGGUGGAAAACACCAAUGCGUACCGGAGUGGAUGCGAAGGGACGGUGACUAUUAAACUGAUAACCCCACCUUGUGCUCACAUCAAUGGGAAAGUACUGCUGUAUAAGGAUGCAGGUGUUGGAAGAGGGGUUGCUGUCUCCUCUGGGAUGGAAGCAGCUGGAACAGCACUGAUGGGGUUUGGACCAGAGGAGCCCUCUUCACCUCUGUUGGCCUUUAACUGGCUGACUCAGGGGGAGAAUGAGACAGAAUUCAACUGUUCUGUGUUUAACCCCGGAAGGAAUAAGUACUGCUUUCGCUUUGUUUUCAACUUCAGUCGUUCCCCUAGUCCGGCACAGACCUGUUUGGUGGUUCACAGGAGUGCAGAGUCAUGGGGCCCGUGGCUGCAGUGGAGUCUGUGCAGUGUGAGCUGUGGAGAGGGGGUGAGGGAGCGAGUGCGUGAGUGUUUGCUGCCCUCAGGUGUGGGAGGGAUGCAGUGCACUGGCAUGGUGAAGGAACAGUCCCUGUGCUCGCUGGAGGACUGUGUCGUGUUGCCUGCUCCUUCUCCGUCCCUCCCCUCUGUGGCUGUCGGAGUUGCACCCCUAGGUGGUAACAUGGUCGUGGUGGUUGGUAUCUCUCUUUGCUUGGCUGUGAUUCUGGCUACCAUCGUGGUGACUUUGUGGAGAAAACUUUGCAAGACCCCUCAGUGCAACUCUGUCCGCACAGGCUCCAUGCAUUCCCCAGGAGGACGCAAGCUCUCCGAUGAGGCGUCCAUUUGUGGCUACAGCCUCCAAAGACCCAGCCUGUCUGACGGCCACGGCCCACCAGGGGGCGUGGGUGUUGCCCAGAAAGAGAGGCCUUCCUUGGGCAGUCAGCCUCUCUCACAGACCCUGGUGAUACCUCUCUCACAGGAUCCAGACAGGCUGUCCCCCACAUGUCAGAAAAUGUUGCCUCCAAUAUUUGGAUACCGAUUGGCUCAGCAGCAGUUGAAAGAAAUGAAGAAGAAGGGGUUAAAGGAGGCCACACUGCUGUAUCAUGUGUCUUCAAGCCCAGUCAAUGACACCGUGGUAGAGACAUCUGCCUCACCCACAAACUCCCUCAUUGCUACAUUAACUGGAUUAGCUCAUCCCACACUCCCUUUGGGCCUCCAGGAAGACGCUAACCGCAAUCACUUUUGCAUUGCAGCAACCUUUUCUGAGCCGCUAUCGCAGACUUCCAAGGUCACCCCGGACAGUCUGAGUCCCAGAGCGGAGCUGGUCUUAGGUCCUUCUGUCUCGGCUCAUGCAAGUGGGGGCAGCUCGAAAUGGCGUGACCGCACAGCUGACUGGGUGGAGAUGGUAGAGAGGAGUGGGUUUGCAGGUUUCAGAGGAGGAGGAGGAGGAGGAGAAGAUGCAGGGAUGGGAAACUCCUAUCAUAAGAAUCCAAAUUUCCACCGGACCUCCAGUUUUAAUGACACCAAACCCCAACCUCUAUCCUCUGUACACUCCAGACAGUUCAGAGAAAGGAGCAUGACCCAGGUGGGAUCUCGGACCCUUCCUGAAGGAAGUUGUUGGAAUAAAGGAGGACGGGAUAGGCAGCCAUACAACUCUUACCCCAUUCCAGAGCACGGGGUCCCAGACUGGGCUAAAUCCAGACCCCAGAGAAAUGACCAGAGGAUGCCCUGGAUAGAGACAGCUGUUCUUUCUCACAACAAUGAACUUAAACACACAGGAACCAACACAAACAGCCUUUUAGCAUCUGAGAAACAUGUUAAAGCAGAACUCAGUGGCACUGGGGAAAGGCAAAGGAGUGGCGAGACAGGAGGUGUAGUGGGAAUCUCAGGGAUCGGGGGUCCAGCCACAGGGCCUCUCAGCCUGAGUGUGGAUCGAGCAGAGCGUGCUGAGCUGAACUGGAACCGUCGCGGCCCAUCGCCUAUCCAGAGGAACAUCCUGGCCCGGAAAUUAAAGGAGGCUCAGUCGUGCUCUGGGGUCAAGGGGCGGCAGCGCAGCUCCACCUUUAGUGUGUCGCCCUCAGAGCAGAGGACAGGUCGCUGCCGCUCUCUGCCGAUGUCUGGAGGUUACAGCAGCAGCGGCGGCGGCUCGCCCUACAGGCUUAGUGAGUCAGAGCAGAGGAUGUUGGACCUGGAUCUGUCCUCAGCAUAUGUAGGGGAAGAGGAGUAGAGGUUUGGACUAUUUCCAUCACCUUCAGCAUUUACUCCUAACCUUGAUCCUCUCUGCUAUAUCUGUGAUCCUUACACAGAGACACACAGCAGUGACGAUUGUUUUGUAUGUUAGACAUUUAGGAAUUUAUCUAUGAGAGGAGAUCAACACAUGCCAUUGAUAUUUAAGUUUAUGUUUGAAAAAUAUGUUUUUCUAUUGUAUUUUCAAUUGGAAUUGUUUUAAUGUCAACUUUUGAUAUGCAUUGUAUUUGUAUUGUAUAUGCAUUGUAAAAUAUUUGUGCCUUCAGAAUGUCUGUAGGUUACUUUGUAUACCAUCUACUGGUACAGUAUUUACUAUAAUAAGACAUAUUGAACAUGACAUUGUACCUAUGUCUGUAUGCACUGUUAAACACAAGCCCUGUAAAUGACAGUAUUCAAAAGACUACAGAUGACAGGCUCCUGUUCUACACUGCUGAAUGUGCUGUGAUGUGUUUUUUGCAAAAAUGCACAAGGAAGAACAACUGUAUGCAGUUAUGUUACAGGCAAAUAUAAACAUCAUUGAGGCAUUAUGGCUGAGAUGCUGAUUGUUUUAUUGUUUGAGUAAUAUCAUACACUUCAUAGAAAGCAUUGCUUACUGGAAAAUAAAAGAUAAUCAUCAAAUGAUGAAGCAAAGGCAGAAAUUCAAAUACAAAGAAUUUUAAACAGUCCUUGCCCUCAUUUUUUCAUUCUGAGUCACGAGGGAAUAUGAAGCGUGAUGUUCUUAAAUUUCCCCUGCUCCACUGCCCAUGACGUCCAAGAAAACCAGAGGCCGCACCUUCAUGGUGGUGUGUCUGAGAGAAUACCAAAGGCCUUUCCAGCUCCCCCACACCACACCAUUGUCAUGCUGGCCCUUGUACUCCCCUGUGCGGUAGAACUUCCCAUUUAGGUUGGCUGCAUGACAUCUGUAGAUGGAAGGUUAACACACAAUGUCAAGGAUGUUACAUUUUCUAAAAGACAAAUUGAAGCCAUUUGCAUUGUUUUGUAAUAAAUUGUAAAGAACUGUG